AUGAUUUUGGAAGGCCAAGUUCCUGGUCAGCCACAAGCUACGGUGAUGCCCAGUCUGAGGUGGAGCGAUAAUCUGGAACGGGAGGCGAUGAACGAAGCGGAAAAAUGUAUGAUACCAAGGGAAACUGUUCCCGGAGAAAUCCAAAUAUAUUCGAGGGAUGAAAAUUUUGAGUAA